GAUCUUCCGUAUUCAAUGACAUAAGACUUAUAAUAUGUAGAUGGAGCACUGAAACUAUGCACUAUACCCUUGGCAGGUUAAUAAUCUUAGUGACAGUACUAGAAACCUGGAGGCUGUGAAUUUACAGUUGAAUUCAGAAAAACCGACUGGAGCUGUGUAUCAGUCUAAGAAACCUCACAUAAAGAAGAAUACCAUGAUAGCUCAGGGACUAAUUACCAUACUUCAAGUUCAAAGCUGGCUUUUCAGGCUAAGCAAUUUUAUUGCUUGUCGACCUCAAUUUUCAGACUCCCUAAGGUUAGGAUAAAAGUCACUAGGAUUACUUGAACUUAGUAGGAUUAAUUGUAAAUAAUUUGCUUCUGUACACACUAUAUUCAACAGAUUUAGGCUAUUUUGAAGCCAAUCAACCAGAGUUUGGCAUCAAUCUAGUAGAAACUAAAUUCAUGGACCACUAAGUUAAAAGCAGGAAUUUAACUUUCUAUCAUUUCAUAAUAGAAUUUUGAAGCCAAAACUAAUCGAGAUAGAUCCAAUAGAAAGUAAAAACCUACAAGUGACGAUCAGAAGAUAGUAUUAUUGAUAAAUUUGAUAAAAAUUGGCCAAAACUUCAUAUUAUUUGGCUUGAUUUACUAAUAACAUUGAUUCUUCCUGUUGCAUAUAUCUUCCUAGCACGGCAACCUGAAUAUAAC